AUGCCGAAUGCAAUGGAGAUCCUAGCGGAAACUGCACCUGCAAGCAAGGAUAUGUGGCUGGAAGUGGUUACUGCAAAGUGGAAGUUGGUGAGAACUGCACAAUUUCAAAAGAUUGCUCGUCGAAUGCAGAAUGCACUGAGGGUAAAUGCAACUGUACCGCGGGACACGUGGAAGAACAUGGAGAAUGCAGUGAGACUCCCCAUGCUGGGUGAAAACUGCACAAACACCACAGGAUGUGCGACGGAAUAUGCAGAAUGUGCAGCUGGUACGUCGGGGAACAUGAUCUGCAAUUGCAAGAAUGGAUAUGUACUUGUAGGAACAGAAUGCAGUGGGACUAGUCAACGAGAGGUAUGCCAGGUAUGCAGAGUUUGUAGCUUGGAGGAGCGACUAGGGGAGCUAUCGGGAAGGCUCAUUAGCGUGGAGGAGGAGAUAAGGGGGAUCAGGAAGGAGGUGGGCGAGGUACAGAGGGAUGAUUUAGUGGCGAGGCUAGUUAGGGUGGAGGAGGCACUCCGGGGGUUCCCCAGCCUUCCGGACUUUUCUGGGAGGGUGGCCCUUUCGUCCUUUGACAGCGCGUCGAGUGCCGACUCCCAGAUGGCUAGUAAUUGGGCUCAGGUCGUAAAAGGGGCGAAGGUUAAGCGAUCCCAGGAGGCAGUCAUUAAGACCGAAAACAAGUUUCUCGGGUUGAGGGAGGUCAGCUUGGAUGAGGGAACGGAGGGCGGGGUGGGAACAGGUGUGAGGUCGGCAGGACAAGCUCAGGCCGUGUUGAAAGGGAGAGGGAAAACUCGGGCCCUUGUAAUCGUCGGUGACUCGAACGUCAGGCGUCUUGAGGGAGCGAUGGAAAAAGAUUCAGGAGCUCAGGUUUCUUUCAGUCAGUUUCCCGGUGCUAGGAUCGAACACAUUAGGGAUAGGAUCGGAUCGGUGGUGUGCUCCGAGUCGGCCGAGGAAGUGUCGGUGGUCCUUCACAGUCAGAAGGUGGACUUGGGAGUCCUUGUGAGAGUGAAAAAGACUGCAAAGUUGAACAUUCUUCGUGUAAUGAAGAAAGUGACAAGAGGACGUGUAGUUGCAGACCAGGAUACAGAAAAGAUGAAGAAAUAUGCCGUGAGCUGCUCAAUCCCCUCUUUUGCCUCCUGCAAUUCACGUGGUCGCAUUCUGAUGCUCCAUUCGGCAUGGCUUGACAAUGCAUGGCAAUUAAACACAGGCGGAGGAAGGAGAGGAUUGUCCGGUGAGGCCAUCUUCGCCAUCAUUCUCGUGGUCGGGAUCUUAGCAUCCAUCAUCGGCUUCCUCGUCCACGCCUCCAUCUACAGACCCGAUCGAAUACUUGCCAUCAAGCGGAGACUUGGCAUUGUUCGUCCCAUAACCGAUCGGGUGGAAUACGACACCCUAUAACAUUACUGUGAUGUACGAACUGCUACCAGCAGGUGCUGGUGCUCUGUGAUCAAUGUUUUGCGUGCAUUAAUCAUCCUGUGACGAUAAAUUAUGGAGUGCAAAUUGAAACUUUUGCGGAUGGAAGUGGGUCUUACCUAGAGAGUGACUCAUGGAAGUAUAUCAGAAUGCACUUAAGCCACUCCGAGCUUCACAGUGGAGGAGCCUGAAGUGACACAUUCAGAUGUUCGCCUCUGCCUAAACAUUUUCCACCAUGCCUGAAGAAAUUGAAGGGGAAAUGUUCUCGCGUCAUUGUAAGCUUAUGGAUGUCAUGAAAACACCGGCAUUGUCACCUUAUCACCAAUGGGAAAAUAAUUGUCUUUCUCUUGUAUAUUGCUUUGUUUGAUAGAGAUGUUGGGAUAAAUAUUUCCCACAGAGCAAACACAUGCCUUGAAUUGUUAUUAAAUUGAC